GUAUUCCCACUCGCGACUCUCGCGACUGCAAUCAAUGUCAUCACCGUAAUUUUCUUCCUUCUUUCACCUCGACUACUGGGCCUUCACGCCACGUCCCAGCCGUAUCCGCGGCGAAGUAGACCACACAUUUUGUUUGUCUAACCGGGAUUAAACCGAUUAACGCCAUCGAGUUGCUGGCAGGACUGGUUCUGCGGCGAGGGAGUCCUCGAGCGCGCACGCCCAUUCACCCAUUUCGAGAUACCCUAUCCUCCUCAACCACAAACGGCGGCCGACCAUGUCGGACUACCACCGCGAUGUCUCGCAAUACAAGUACUCGGCCAUGUCCAACCUGGUCCUCCAGGCGGACCGUCGGUUUGUCACAAGACGGACAGACGAGGCCACUGGAGAUCCAGAGUCGCUGGCCGGGCGCUUGUCAAUCAAGGAUAUGGGUUCCCGGGUCGGCCGGAGCACAGCACCAAAGGUGAAGAAAACCAGCGCUAUGCCUGAUGUAGAGCGCGGGAGCAUACGAGAAGGCGCGGACAUUCUGCAGUUUGUGAAGCAGAAGGGCAAGGGCGAGGCGCGUGGCGGCGGGGUUCUGUCCGGAGCUGAUGCCCUGAUCGAAGGCAUCCGGUACCGGCCUCGAACGCAGCCGACGCGUGACGCCUUCAACCUCAUCCUGAGCAUCGUGGCGGAGAACCUCGGCGACGUCCCACCCGAGGUCGUGCGGAGUGCUGCCGACGCGACACUGGAGUACCUCAAGGACGAUGACCUGAAGGACUUCGACAAGAAGAAGGAGAUUGACGACAUCUUGGGCGUUUCGAUGGGCGCCAAGCAGUUCAACGAGCUGAUGAACCUCGGGAAGAAGAUUACGGACUACGAUGCGCAGGAUGAAGAUGAAGAAGACACGGAGGAUGUAAAACGAGCUGGCGAAGACGAGAUCGAUGGUCGGCAGGGCGUUGCUGUCAACUUCGAGAACGAAGAAGACGAUGGCAUGGUGGACGUUGUCCGGGACGAGUCCUCGGAAGACGAGGACCUGGAAGACGAAGAAGAUCAACCAGGGCUCCAAGAAGUCGCUGAGAGCGGGGAAGCAGAUCAAGACCGCGACGAAGAAGGCGGAGGGCUCGGAGACGGCGAGGCCAUGGUGAUCGAUGCAGUCCCUGAUGGAACAGCUAAGUCCCAGGACAAGAACUUCGUCCCGGCUCGUGACAUUGAUGCGUACUGGUUGCAACGUCAGAUUGGGCGUGCAUAUCCCGAUGCACACAUCCAGCACGAUAAAACAUCGCAAGCCCUGAAGAUCCUGUCGGGGGAGCCAGACGAGCCCGGCGGCGAAGAGAAGCAGCUCCGUGACAUUGAGAAUGAUCUGAUGGAGCUCUUCGACUACGAGCACCAUGAGAUCGUCCAGAGGCUGAUGGAGAACCGGGAGAAGGUCGUAUGGCUCACCCGGCUAGCCAGAGCCGAGAACCGUGAAGAGCGCGACACUAUCGAGCGGGAAAUGGUUUCAGAAGGGCUGCGUUGGAUCCUCGACGAGCUGCAUGGCAAGCCACAGGAUGACCAGAAGAAACCCAAGAUGGAGAUCAAGAUGGACAUCGACAAGGAGGCAUUUGCGGAGGCUAAACAUCAGAAGCAGGAGCGGCCCGAGGGGCAGCUGGUCGGCGGGCUACAGCCGAGGAGGCUGAUCAACCUGGAUAACCUCGUCUUUGACCAAGGAAACCACCUAAUGACGAACCCUAAGGUCACCCUCCCACACGGCACGACAAAGCGAACCUUCAAGGGAUAUGAGGAGGUCCAUGUCCCUCCACCCAAGAAGCGGACCGACCCCAACGAACAGAACAUUCCGGUUUCCGAGAUGCCAGAGUGGGCACAGCUGCCUUUCAGCACAACGAAGUCACUGAACAGGAUCCAGUCAAAGUGCUACCCUACGGCCUUCCAGAACGACGGCAACAUGCUCAUCUGUGCUCCGACCGGCAGUGGCAAGACCAACGUUGCGAUGCUCACAAUGCUUCGAGAGAUUGGAAAGAAUAGGAACAGCCAGGGUGAGAUCGAUCUGGAUGCAUUCAAGAUUGUUUACAUUGCCCCCCUAAAAGCCCUUGUCCAAGAGCAGGUCGGGAACUUUGGGAAGAGGUUGGAGCCGUACGGCAUCAAGGUCUCGGAGUUGACGGGUGAUCGCCAGCUCACCAAACAGCAAAUAUCGGAGACCCAAGUCAUUGUGACGACCCCUGAAAAAUGGGAUGUCAUCACAAGAAAGGCGACCGACAUAUCAUACACCAACCUGGUCCGGCUCAUCAUUAUUGACGAGAUCCAUCUGCUGCAUGAUGAUCGCGGUCCUGUCCUCGAGAGUAUCGUCAGCCGAACCCUUCGCCGGACUGAGCAGACGGGUGAGCCAGUUCGCAUCAUCGGCUUGUCCGCCACGCUGCCCAACUACCGGGAUGUAGCAAGCUUCCUCCGCGUCGAUUUCAACAAGGGCAUGUUUCAUUUUGACAGCACAUACCGGCCAUGCCCGCUGCGCCAGGAGUUCAUCGGCGUGACGGACAAGAAGGCCAUCAAGCAGCUCAAGACCAUGAACGAUAUCACCUACCAAAAGGUCCUUGAGCACGUUGGCCAACACCGCAACCAAAUGUUGGUGUUCGUCCACUCGAGAAAAGAGACGGCCAAGACGGCCAAGUACAUUCGCGACAAGGCCCUGGAGAUGGACACCAUCAACCAGAUCCUCAAGCACGAUGCCGGCACCCGCGAAGUUUUGAGCGAGGCAGCCAGCGCGGUCAACAACACGGAUCUCAAGGACAUCCUGCCGUACGGAUUCGGUAUCCAUCACGCCGGCAUGAGUCGCGCCGACAGGACGGAUGUUGAGGAUCUGUUUGCAAGCGGACAUAUCCAGGUGCUGGUGUGCACGGCCACCCUUGCCUGGGGUGUGAACUUGCCGGCUCACACGGUCAUCAUCAAGGGCACCCAGGUCUAUUCCCCGGAGAAGGGUAGCUGGGUCGAAUUGAGCCCCCAAGAUGUCCUGCAGAUGCUUGGCCGCGCAGGCCGCCCGCAGUUCGAUACUUAUGGUGAAGGCAUCAUCAUCACCACGCAAGGUGAAAUUCCAUAUUACCUGUCCCUGCUGAAUCAGCAACUGCCGAUUGAAAGCCAACUGGCCAGCAAGCUCGUUGACAGCCUCAACGCCGAGAUUGUCCUGGGCAAUGUCCGAAACCGCGAUGAAGGUGUUGAGUGGCUGGGGUAUACCUAUCUCUUCGUCCGAAUGCUCCGUUCUCCUGGGCUUUACAGCGUCGGGGCAGAGUAUGCAGAGGACGAGGCCCUGGAGCAGAUGCGCGUCGACUUGAUACAUUCUGCUGCGACGGUUUUGAAGAAGUCAAACCUCGUCAAGUACGACGAAAAGACCGGCAAGAUGCAGUCGACCGAGCUUGGACGCAUCGCUUCCCAUUACUACAUCACCCACGGCUCGAUGGAUACCUACAACAAACUGAUCCAGCCAUCGAUGAACGACGUCGAGUUGUUCCGCGUCUUCGCCCAGAGCGCCGAGUUCAAGUAUAUCCCAGUGCGCCAGGAGGAAAAGCUUGAGCUUGCGAAACUCCUCGCUCGUGUCCCCAUUCCCGUCAAAGAGAGCAUUGAAGAGCCCACAGCCAAGAUCAAUGUUCUGCUCCAGGCCUACAUUUCUCGCCUGAAGCUGGACGGCCUGGCUCUCAUGGCUGACAUGGUCUACGUCACCCAGUCUGCGGGCCGUAUUCUCCGGGCCAUCUUCGAGAUCUCUCUAAAGAAGGGCUGGGCCUCUGUUGCCAAGCUGGCGUUGAACCUGUGCAAGAUGGCUGAGAAGAGGAUGUGGCCGACAAUGUCACCCCUUCGGCAGUUUCCCGGCUGCCCGAUUGAGAUCGUGAGGAAGGCGGAGAGGAUAGAGGUGCCCUUCAGCAAUUACUUCGAUCUCGACCCUCCUCGUAUGGGCGAGCUGCUGGGCUUGCCCAAGGCUGGAAAGACUGUGUGCUCCCUGGUUGCCAAGUUCCCCCGGGUCGAGAUCCAGGCAAACGUGCAGCCCAUGACAAGAUCGAUGUUGCGUGUCGAGCUUACCAUCACCCCUAACUUCGAGUGGGAUGUUGAUGUCCAUGGGCUGGCCGAGAGCUUCUGGAUAAUCGUCGAGGACUGUGACGGCGAAGACAUUCUCUACCAUGACCAGUUCAUCCUACGCAAGGACUACGCUGAAGCGGAGGCCAACGAACACGUCGUCGAGUUUACGGUCCCCAUCUCCGAACCGAUGCCGCCCAACUACUUCAUCUCGGUCGUCUCUGAUCGCUGGAUGCACUCCGAGACUCGCAUGGCUGUGUCGUUCGAGAAGCUUAUCCUGCCGCAGCGGUUCCCUCCACACACGGAACUGCUCGACCUGCAGCCGCUCCCUGUAUCUGCUCUGAAGGAGAAGGACUAUGCUGCGCUGUAUCCUGACUUUCAGAAAUUCAACAAGGUGCAGACGCAGACCUUCAAAACCCUUUACGACACGGACAACAACGUGCUGGUUGCUGCACCGACCGGCAGCGGCAAGACGGUGUGUGCAGAGUUUGCCUUGCUGCGUCACUGGAGAAGGCAAGACCACGGGCGCGCCGUCUACAUCGCCCCCUUCCAAGAGCUCGUGGACCUACGAUUCCAGGACUGGCAGAAGCGCUUCUCCAAUCUCCGCGGCGGCAAGGACAUCGUGAAGCUGACGGGAGAGACCACCGGCGACCUGAAGUUGCUCGAGCAGGGAGAUCUUAUCCUAGCCACUCCGCUGCAAUGGGAUGUGCUGUCGCGGCAGUGGAAGAGGAGGAAGAACGUCCAGACCGUGGAACUGUUCAUCGCGGAUGACCUCCACAUGCUCGGGGGCCAGAUGGGGUACAUCUACGAGAUCAUCGUGUCUCGGAUGCAUUACAUACGCACACAGACAGAGCGCCCCAUGCGGAUUGUCGGCCUGAGCGUCUCCCUGGCCAAUGCCAGGGACAUCGGCGAGUGGAUCGACGCGAAAAAGCACGAUAUCUACAACUUCAGUCCCCACGUGCGGCCGGUGCCACUGGAGCUCCAUAUCCAGUCGUACACGAUUCCUCACUUCCCAUCGCUCAUGUUCGCAAUGGCGAAGCCGACGUAUCUUGCCGUCACCCAGAUGUCAGCGGACCAGCCAGCGCUCAUCUUUGUGCCGAGUCGGAAGCAGACCAGAGCGACGGCUCGGGAUCUCCUCACAGCGUGCCUCGCCGACGAUGACGAGGAUCGCUUCUUGCAUGUCGACGUCGAGCAGAUCCAGAAGCUACUCGAGCGGGUCCAGGAAGAGGCUCUCGCUGAGGCGCUCUCCCAUGGUGUCGGUUACUAUCACGAAGCAUUGAGCCAGAGCGACAGGCGCAUCGUCAAGCAUCUCUACAACAACGGUGCUAUCCAGGUGCUGAUUGCAUCUCGUGACGUGUGUUGGGAGCUUGACUGCACCGCUCACCUGGUCAUCGUGAUGGGCACACAAUACUUUGAGGGCAGGGAGCACCGCUACGUCGAUUAUCCGCUCAGCGAGGUUCUCCAGAUGUUUGGCAGAGCGGUGCAGCCCUCCAAGGACGGCCGGAGCCGGGGCGUCCUCAUGCUUCCGGCGGUGAAGCGAGAGUACUACAAGAAGUUCCUCAACGAAGCCCUGCCCGUCGAGUCGCAUCUUCACAACUUCAUCCAUGACGCGUUCGUCACCGAGAUCAGCACCAAGAUGAUCGAAUCCGGCGAAGACGCCAUCAACUGGACCACCUUCUCAUUAUUCUACCGGCGUCUGCUUGCCAACCCAAGCUACUAUAGCUUGACGAAUCCGACAGAAGAGGGGCUGAGCCAGUAUCUCUCUGACAUGGUCGAGUUGACGCUGAAGGAGCUGGCCGAGGCAAACAUCAUCGAUCUAGACGAGGACGACGGGUCCGUCGCGCCGCAGAAUGCUGCGAUGAUUGCCGCGUACUACAACAUCUCAUACAUCACGAUGCAGACGUUCCUGCUGUCGCUGAACCAGAAGACCAAGCUCAAGAACAUCCUCGAGAUCGUAACAUCGGCAACCGAGUUCGAGUCGAUCCAGAUCAGGCGGCACGAGGAGGUCAUCCUCAGACGCAUCUAUGACAACGUGCCUGUGAAGAUGGCCCAGCCCGUCUACGACUCGCCUCAUUUCAAGGCGUUUGUCCUGGUUCAGGCGCACUUCUCCAGGAUGAAUCUGCCAAUUGAUCUUGCCAAGGACCAGGAGGUCAUAUUGACCAAGCUUCUCAGUCUCCUGAGCGCCAUCGUCGACAUCCUCUCGUCCGAGGGCCACCUGAACGCGAUGAACGCGAUGGAGAUGUCGCAGAUGGUGGUGCAGGCCAUGUGGGAUCGUGAUAGCCCGCUGAAGCAGAUCCCCAACUUCACACCCGACGUGAUCAAGGCGGCGAACAAGUACGACGUCAGGGACAUCUUCGACUUCAUGGAGAAGAUGAACCCCGACGAGAACCCAGACUACGGCUCGCUCGUCAAGGACCUCGGCCUCUCUCAAGCACAGCUCGCACAGGCAGCCAACUUCACAAACAGCAAAUACCCCGACAUUUCGCUCGAGUUCGAGGUCGAGGACAAGGAAAGCAUCCGGGCGGGAGAGCCGGCAUACCUCAAGAUCCGCAUCGAGCGCGAGAUGGACGAGGACGAGGAGUUCGACCCGACGGUGCACGCGCCGUUCUACCCCGGCAAGAAGACGGAGAACUGGUGGCUCGUGGUCGGCGAGGAAAAGUCCAAGACGCUGCUCGCAAUCAAGCGGGUCACGGUCGGACGGGAGCUCAAUCUCAGGCUGGAGUUCACCGUGCCCGCGCCUGGCCGGCACGACCUGAAGCUCUUCUUGAUGAGCGACAGCUACGUUGGGGUCGACCAGGAACCCCAGUUCUCAGUCAUGGUUGAGGAGGGCAUGGAUGUAGAUGAGAGUGGGGACGAGGAGGACGAGGAGUGAAUGAGUGCGGGGAACUGAGAGCUGGUUUAUUAUGGAGGGUCGUCAGCCAACGGCACAAGAUGGGUUUUCAACCAGUUGUACGGUAUACAAAGGAGUUCGGCAGGGGGCAAAUGCAGAAUGACACAGCCUUUGAGGCUUCCGAGGUUUUUGUUUGUUUCGUUUCCUUUGACCUCUCGGCAGUCGGUGAAUGAAAGGGCGGCGUCCGUCAGGCUGAACUCGGAACCGGUGUGGGGUCUCGGGGG